GAUGAGAAAGUAAUGCAAGAAUAAUACUACAUCAAACCCCUAUUUCCCAAAUCUCAUGCCUCUACGAUUCUUCUUACUCACCUCAGAGCCUUCACUCGCCUUGCCCACUGCCAGCCAGCCACCACAAAACCACCAUUAUACUCCCUCCUCAGAAUUUUGCAAGGUUUUCUGAACAUGCUUUUGUAUGGAUAAUUCUUCAUUGUUCAUCGCUGUAUGAGAAGAUUGGGCUGUGUUCCUAGUGCUAAAUGGAUAAUCCAGUUGCCAAUCAGCUUCCAGAUGUGGAUGCUUUGCCUGAUGGUUUUGUUGAGAGCCCUCCAGAAUCUGUUGCUCCCGUCACACCAUCAAUUGAAAUUGAUAUCAAGAAGAAUAAAGCAUUAACACCAGAUAGUUCAAAUGAUUCAAGCUAUGAAGGUAAAGCUGAGAAGGUUCCUAAAGUGCGCACAUUUCCAGUUCCAUUGUCUGACAAGGAUGAUGUCAUUGAUAAUGGCCACAUGGAGCUGCGAGAGGAUACAUCGGCAACCAAAUCUGAGUCAUCAACUUCUGCUGCAGGAGGACCUGAUUCUAAAACAACCAUUACUAAUGAAAAAGACAAGGGUCAAAAUAACACAGCACCCCAAAGCUCCCGGGGAUCAGAUUCAAUCAAUACGAAUGAAGCACAGUCUGAAAAUAUAAAAAAUCGUAAGGCGCCAGGUGCACCAAGAAGCCCAAGGAUCAUUGAGACUAACCGUAAGGCACAUGUUGAAAGCGUGAACUUUUUAUUGGAGACACUUGAAGGGAAGCGUAAAACUUCAAAGCGCACCUUGAAAACUGAACAGGAAUUUCUGGAGUUUACGUUCAAGUAUAAACAAGUUCUUGCUGAGAGGGAUGCAGCUAUUGUUGUUCGCGACAAGCUUGAGUCGUUGUGUAGGGAGUUACAGCGUCAGAAUAAGAUGUUAAUGGAUGAAUUUAAAAGAGUAUCAGAGGAGGGGCAUAAUUUGAGAUCAGAUUUAUCCACUAAGUUUGAAGAUGCAAUAAAGGAUGUGAGCAUUAGGCUAGAAGAACAGAAAGUAGAAUGCCUUUCUCAGCUAAAGGAGAAUGAAAUGUUGAGAGACAAGUUGAAGCAGCUUGCUGAUGAGUACACUCUAUCUCAACAAAAAUAUGCUCAGGAGCUUAAGCAGAAAACGCUAGAGCUUAAGAUUGCUGAGCUGAAAGUUCAGCAAAAUGAGGAAAGGUUGGCUCAUGAACAAGCACAAAUUAAGGUGUAUGCAGAUAAAAUAUCACAGCAUUUAGAAACUGAAAAAAGUUUACGUCAACAAUUGACAGCCGAUGGAGAAAAGUUUCAGCAGUUUCAAGAUGCACUUCUGAAGAGCAAUGAAGUUUUUGAAACAUUUAAGCAAGAGAUUGAAAAGAUGUCCAAAUUGACCAAGGAACUCAAGAAAGAAAAUACUUUUUUGAAAAGCAAAUGUGAGAAAUCAGAUUAUACUCUUGUAGAACUCAUUGAAGAGCGGGAACGUAUGAAGAAACAGUUAGAGAAAACGAAGAACCAAAAGGAGAAGCUUGAAUCCCUGUGUCGAUCGCUACAAGCUGAAAGAAAACAGGGUUUUAAUAGCUCUAGUCAACCUGAGCCUGAUUCUGCUCAACUUUAAGAUUGACUCUGCUAUAUCAAGACCUGUACUUUUGCAUCAUACACAUACCUUGUUAAUUUUUUUUUUAAAAUUUAAUCUUUUAAAGCUUUUUGAAUCAAGAUUUCUUUGCUUUUCUACAAAUAAGAAAGAAAAAAAAAAGAAUUCAAGGAUCUGCAUUUUCCAAUAUUGUCUUACUGUUAAUGGCACCAUUGGUUCAUGAUGCUAUGAAAUGCGAUUUUACUGUCAGGUUUUUUCUGUUGAUUUGAGAAAUGAGAAUGCUGAUUUAUUUUUAACAAAUUUCUUUGUGUA